AUGGAGGAGAAGAGGCCGUCGCGGCCUCGAUCUCUGCGACGAAACAGGCCGCUGCUCACAUUCGCCGUCGUCGCCAUCCUCUUGUACGCAUUCUACACCUUCCACCCCUUUACCACGUACGCCGGCCACCAAUGGGCACCAUCCAAGGCGGCCCAGGGAGCCGCCGCCGCCCCGAAGGACACCAAGGCGACGACCGCGACGACCGCGACUGCCGCCCAAGGCCUCGUGCCGCUCGAGGCGCACAUCAUGAGCAAGUGCCCGGACGCGAAGGAUUGCCUCAAGGAUAUGAUCCUGCCGACCAUGAUGCGCGUGAACGAAAAGGUCAACUUCACCCUGUCGUACAUCGGCACGCCCACCGAUUCCAACGACGGCGUCGAGUGCAAGCAUGGCCCGAACGAGUGCAUGGGUAACAUCCUCGAGCUGUGCGCUGCGCAUCUGUACCCGGACCCCAAGAGCUACCUGGGGUUCACCAUGUGCCUGACCCGGGACUACAAGCUGAUCCCCCAGCGGGAGUUGGUGGAGGACUGCGCCCUGGAGCAUGCCAUCGAUUUCGAGAAGCUCAACGACUGCGCGGCUAAGGAUGACGGCGCAUUUGGCAUCUCGUUGCUGAGGGACAGCGUCAAGAGAUCAGCCGCUGUACGUUAG